AUGGCAUAUAAGGGCCUCACGGUGAGCGUGUUCUGGGGCUUCAUUGGCUUCUGCAUGCCCUGGUUCAUUCCUAAGGGUCCCAACUGGGGAGUUAUCAUCAUCAUGUUGAUAACCUGCUCAAUUUUCUGCUAUCUCUUUGGGUUGAUUGCAAUUCUCGCCCAACUCAACUCACUCUUUGGACCACAGUUGAAAAAUGAAACCGUCUGGUACCUCAAGUGUCAUUGGUCUUGA